GCAGCCACCGAGAGGACAGACAGCAGCGAGAUCUUCAUCUGAUCGACUCGUACACCUCGACCGUGACUCCUGCGCUCGAGUCGCAUCCCUCUUUAUACACCGUCUGCCAGCUAGAUCCACCGUACAGUGCCGUUAUCGAGACCACAUGCCCCGCUUCUGCUGAAGAUAACCCGUGAAUUGUUCUCUCGUGGUCUCGAAAUACAUCGACACGAGUUUUGUGCCGCGCAAGUGCCGCGAGUUCAUUCAAGACAUUCGCCUGGAAGUUCUUUCCCGGAGGCCCGCACCAUGAUUGACCUCGUCGUAGAAGAACAACUGGAUGAGCUCGACCCCCUCCGGCACCUUCGCGACGACCCCGACCUCGACUCUGACCGCGCAGGCAUCGUGCCGGCCCAACCGCCGUCCAUCCUCGGCCAGACCAUCGGGCUCGUGUUCGCCGGCCCAUCUGCAGGGGAGGUCAACGGUGGUGAUGUCGCGAUUACGCUUUUGGUGGACGCGUCCCCGGGCUGCGGCGGGAUCGCUUGGCCCGCAGGAGAGGUGCUCUCGCGGUACAUCGCGCGCAGGGGCUCGCUCGAAGGUCGGACUGUGCUAGAACUCGGAAGCGGGACAGGUCUUGUAGGGCUCGUCGCGGGGAAGAUGGGUGCAAAGGUGUGGAUCACGGACCAGGCACCGCUUCUUCCCAUCAUGCAACGCAAUGUAGCCACGAAUGACCUCUCCUCGCGUGUGCAUGUCGCCGAGCUGGAUUGGUCUGGCAGGGGCUCACCGCUCCCACAGGACAUCCCCCGCCCCUCUCUAAUCCUCGCCGCUGACUGUGUCUACUUUGAGCCUGCAUUCCCGCUGCUCGUGCAAACUCUCGCCGAGCUCGUCCCGCGUGGCUCUCUGGCCGAUCUCAGCGACCAUAUAGAGGUGCUAUUCUGCUACAAGAAGCGGCGAAAGGCCGAUAAACGGUUCUUCACGCUGCUGAAGAGAGAGUUUACAUGGACUGAGGUACGUGUUCAGGUGACGGAUGACCCGGACCGGAAAGUAUACGCUCGCGAAGCAAUCUCGCUCCUGCGGCUCGCGCGGAAAUGCUGAACGACGUCGUCACGAACCUGGCAGUGUGCAGUAUACGGUGGGUCUGCUGUUGCGAGGCACUCGGAAGGGCGUUUGAACUUUGAGUUCGCCAGAGGCGGAACGUCGAAUGGGAAGUGAAGGGGCAUACAUAUACGUGUACGAUACGCGGUAUUUACUGACACAGGAAUAUAGACUACAGUGUGGCCGAGGAUACUAAGGACACGCACACGGGCCGUUGAUGCGCUG